AUGUCGUCUGAGGAUUUCCACUUCGUUCAGGUACGCGGGACAAGUCCUCAAUGGCCCACUGAAGAAAUCAAUCAACCAUCCAUAAAUCGCGAUGUGGUGAUCGACACAGAUGAUGAGGUGAACAAUGUGCCGGCAGGGAACGGGUUGUUCAUAAAUGGAGGAGAAGAUCCCGCAGAUCUAGAUAUCUUCCGUUGUAUUGUGUGCGACACAUUGCCAUUUGUCGAGGUGCUUCACUGCCAACAAGGACAUCCCAUUUGUGCCGGCUGCUAUCAGAUUCGCGUGCUGGACAAGAUGCUGGGCGCCCAGUUGGGCACCUGUCCACUGUGCGGAGUGCGGAUCUAUCGUCAUCAGCCGUUUCGUCACCUGAUUGCUGAACGUAGACUGUAUGAUGCUGUUGUGGCCUGUGAGAGAUGCGAGAUGCAUUUGCCACGUGGUCGGCUGCGUCUUCAUGGAAUCAAGGAAUGCCCCAAGAGACUGAUCACAUGCAAAUACAAGCGCAUAGGCUGCAAGUGGAAAGGCGAAUUGGGUGUGCUAGAAGAAGCACAUAGGGAGAACUGCGAGUAUCGUCAUAAGACAGGCUUAGAAUUGUUGGAUGAACUGCGUCAGAUUCAAGAGAAGCGCGAUGCCAAGCGCUGUCAACUGGUUAAUAUUAUGAAGUUGUUGCAGCUGCCACAUAUCACUGCACGCCUGCUACACCAGCUGCCCCACUUGGAAACCUUUCCACGCAACCACUUUGUUACUGGCCCCAUCUUUAAGGCUUUCGGUCAAAGCUGGUCAGUUAAACUCAAGUGGCAGGCACCCAACAACUCCGAUGAACCAUAUGACCAGCAAUCCGACAAUUGCUCCUUGCUCUUCCAACUGUGCCUGGAGGAAUCCGACUGCCUGCAACUGCGAACUCCUCUUGGUCUUACAUACACUUUGAUCAGUGGCGUCUACUCGGAUGUACGAUUCCAGCCGAAUCUCUGCGAGAAGUACGAUUUCACUACGGAUAACAUGGAUGGUCCACCGACUCUUCUCUAUGAAAACUCUUGGCAGAAUCUCGCCAUUCUUCUAAAUAAGCGUGGUUUUUACGCCCGUCUACUGAUGGCUCGUCUCUAA